AUGAGCUCGUCAAUCGAAGAAACGCUAUCCGAAUGCCGAGAGGUGUUUUGUUAUUUUGAUUCGAAGGGGGAUGAUCGUAUCCAGGUCACCCAGGUUGGCGAUGUGCUGCGCGCUCUCGGCCAAAACCCAACCGACAUGGAAAUUCAGAAAUGCUGUGCACAGUGGACUGACCCAGACACGAGAAUCACUUUCGAAGACUUUGUCCCCAUUCUUCAGUCGGUAAACAAGAACAGGGAUUUUGGGGAGAAGCAUUCGGUGGACGAAUUUGUGGAGGGGCUCUCACACUUCGAUAAAGAAGGUUCGGGGCUGAUUAACGUCGCUGAGCUCCGUCAUCUACUUACUACCCUCGGCGAACGUCUCUCCGAUGAAGAAGUAGAUGCCCUGCUCGCUGGCCACAACGACGCCCACGGAAAUGUGAACAUUGCCGACUUUGUCCGUACUGUAAUGCAUGCC